AUGGGCAUUUUUAACACGUAUGGCAGGAAUUCGCUACUGGAUGAUGUGAUCAAGGCCAGUGGCGGCCUAGACUACUACAACUCGAUUAAAUCAAUUUCUAUCAAGGCGGCUCUUUUAGGAUCAAUAAUGGAGCAUAAAGGAUUGACCUCGCAGAUUCUCAAAUUCACCGUUAAUACAAAAUUACAGAGAAUCGAUUUUCAUAAAUUUGGCGAUUUAUUUAGGGGAAUUUAUACACCACAGAGAACAGAGUUAUACGUUCAAAGUCCAAAGUCGCCGACUAGCAUCCUCGACAAUCCUCGUCCUCGCUACAUGGGGGGUGGCAGUGGAACUAGGCAAGAAUUGCACUACCAGCUGUACUUCUUUGGAUAUGCAUUCUGGUACUACUUCAAUAUACCAUUCUGCCUCAAACUCCCAGGAUUCUCUACGAAGGAACUGAAAUCGUGCCAUCGUGGCAACGGUGAGGUGUGGAGAGUCUUAGAGAUUGUUUUCCCCGACAACUUUCACACACACACCAAAGUGCAUCGCCAUUAUUAUGACGAGGAGUUUAGGCUGCGCAGAAUCGACUAUUCUGAUGACAUAAUAGAAUCAGACCCGAUGGCUCACUAUUGCUAUGACCAUACAAGGGUUGGAAAUCUUCUCAUUCCUAGGUUUCGGCUGGCGAAUUACGACUCUCCAUGGUUUUCUCAUACCGAUGCGUUUAUGUUGUUUAUAAGUGCGGUGGAAAUCGAAACAAUCUCUGAUGCAGAUGGAGAAGAGAAUCAAGACACAUCUUCUACAACUCAAGGUGUUAAAAGACCAAUAAUGGGCCGUUGCAUUCUGUUAUGA